UCGCCCUGGUAAUUCCCAACCUUGCCAAUUGCCAUCUUGCCUUUCCAAUUGGCACAUUGGCAGUGUGAAAGCGGACGUUUCUCCGAACGCGAUGGGAUCAACAUAAAAGUCGAAGGCAAAGAUCGAAGUGCACUGUCAGCCACCCGUUCUUCGCAGAGCGAGAGCACCAGACGAAGAUAUUUUACGAGCACGUUGACAUUGUGCAAGAGUAGAAAUCUGUCUAGCGCUUAUUCUUAGUUUCACCUCGGACCCUACACCACACGGAACCCCGGCCCUUAGCACACCAUACUCACCACGUCUUUGGACGGCGUGCAAAGGAAAUGUCAUCAUCGGACGGUUCCCUGCCAAUUUCACUUCCACAGUGGAUGAAGGCAAAAAUAAACGACAGAUACGACCUUGACCAAACAGCAUUUUCACCUCCAAGCAAUGAUGACGACUUCUUUUCAAUCCGCUACAAAAAAUCGACAAUAGAAACUGAAACGAAAAUUACCGAUAGUAAAUUAGCAAAACCCCUGACAAGCAUGGUUGCGAGCAAAAUCAAUCCAAGCCAGUUCGUCGAUGAUCCGAGUCAACAUACCAUCCCCUGUCAACAAUUUAUUCCAAGGGCUAAAAUAUCUCCGAGGGAAAUAGGAAUGAGACAUGGCGUCGAUCCUCCACUUGGACGUGCAGCUUCGACAGGCAUCGACGACGGAUUCACAGGCGAAGGCGCCGCGUGUGGUUACUCAGUAGUAGCCGUUGCCCAUCAAAUGCUAGCCGAAAGAAAAGGCGAUAAGCUGGCCCCUCCAAGAAUUCCGAGCCAGCGAGUGAGACGGAACAGCAAAUCUCUUCCAGCUAGCCCUCAGUCCUCUCCAAAAAUGUUGAGAAAAAACCCCUAUUUCACCGAAAUUCUCUUUGGAUCAAGUGAUCUUGUCGACACUGACAACAACAACAGCCAAAUGACAAAAGAACUGGCAGAGAAAUGGUCUUCGAAGUUCGGUAGGACAUUCAGCGACAGUGACCCCACGUCAUCCCCCUCUACGGUACAGCCUGUAAGGACCUUGAAAGCAAAGCCUUCCGAGUUGAGGGAAAUGAAUUUCUGGUCCCCCACAUCAAUGUAAUAAUGAAAUAAUUUUAUUGCUACUCCAAAUUCCCCACCAUAAAUAUUAAAAAAAAAAAAAAAA